CGGCGGAGAACGAUUCCUUAGGCUCGGGGGGGCGGGUUACUGCUAGCUCUGUGGCUUCUGGAGAACAAGGAGAGCUGGGAGAAGCAGACCAUGGGUUGGCAGAGUUGGAGUCCCUGGCGGACCGCGCUACACUGGAUCAGAGGCGGUCGCUCAGCCCCGAACUUGCAGAACUGAGGAGGAUCAGAGCAGCUCUCUUCCCUUCCCCUAGUCGGUCGACGUUCUCCGACCUCGAAGGGACUUCGGCGCCAUCGGAAGCCCCGGACCCGGAUGUCGAUUCGCCGAUGCGAGAAGAGAUGCCCGAGCUUACGCGGUCGCCUGAUACAGCGAGUGGGGCGCUCUCGCCCAUGACCUGGUCUAGCGAGCCUGUCCUCCCCCUGCACGGCUUUGGGCACGCACAUUCGAAGGUCAGCACACCGGACUUUGUCGUCUCCCUCGCUGGGGAUCGGCUGUCUUUCCUCGACACGGAGGGAGACGCCGGCUGGUUGGAUAUGCAACACGAGCGAUCGCGUGAGCUUUCCCCCCCGUCGGCGAGUACGAGCUCCAUCGCCACGCGCCCGUUCCUGCUUCCCCGAAUGAUGGAAGAAUACACGAGCGACUCGGACGUCAAUGACGACGUUUUCGGCACGUGUCUUUCCCCUUCGUACCCCACCCUCUCCCGGUCAGUGUUCGAGAGCAGGACUCCAGAUUUUCGAGCGGCGCCCGCUACUUACUCUGUUCACGUAUUGACAGAGGAACAGGAAGAGAGCGAUUCGGAGCUGCAUACCGCUUUCGCCCCUUCUGCUAGGCAGAGCCGGAGUCCUUCCGCCUCCUACCCCGCCCUCUUGCACCCUGCGGCAGCGCAGGAGUCCGACACUUACGGGGGGAUGCUUGGACCAAACCCGGACCGACUAUCCAUCGUAUCCUCCAACAGCAGCAUGUCAAGCCUUGGCACACUGGUCGGCCCAACGUCCGAAGCGUUCGUUGUCCAACAGUGGGAGCUUGCGACAUCUCCCGACGCCGACGUCAGCGUCGAUCCAGAACGCGACGAGAGGGCAGAAACACCUCGGCCGGCACCUACGCCCAGCCAGAGUAGGUCCACCAGUCGCACACCCAGCACAGCUAGCAACUCCAGUAGACAGACGAACCGCAUCCGCCGUGUGCCCGUGCCGGCGUACAUCCCCGAACUGGAGUUUGAGCGCGAGUCGGAAGAUAGUGACGCUGCUCGGAUGGACAACGUUGGCAGGCCGACACCAGAUGGGAGCGUAUCUGCUGGCAUGGACACGCCUAUUCAUGAACACGGGUUUGAUUCUGGCUCGCCUACGACGCCUUCGUCAGCGAACGGCAUGGAAGACGUGGACAUCGUUAGUUCCAGUCCGGUAUCCGCGAUAAUGGGCCACGCGAAGGAGAUGUGCUUCGAACUAAGCGUUGAUGCUCCCACUCGUCCAUCCCUUGAGAAACGGGCCUCUCUCCCUGCUCCGGUGGGUGUAGACCGCAAGUACAGUGUGCGGGAAAAAACUCGGCGGGUGUGGAGUGGUAUGCGUGCUGUGAAGGUGAGAGAAAUGGUCCGACGCAUCACGUAGCUACCUAUUUUGGUGUUGACCGCCUGAUGCGGAAUUGUGUUCAUCCCCUGUUGGGUAUUGUGUUUGUAUCGUGUAAC